CUUCAACUUCCGGUCAUAUGAUUAUACCUGGAAGUGCUGUGGUCUCAAAAGAAGACAGGAUACCUUGCAUAGUGCUGAUUAACAGGAUUUCUGAAGGUCUGUGAAACCGUACACCGAUUAUUGAUAUGGCAGAAGACUUGAGAAGAUUUCUGUAUAAAAAGCUUCCGAGUGUGGAAGGACUUCAUGCUAUUGUAGUGUCAGACAGGGAUGGCGUGCCAGUUAUAAAAGUUGCCAAUGAGAAUGCACCUGAGCAUGCCUGGCGACCAAGCUUCUUGUCUACAUUUGCACUGGCGACUGACCAGGGAAGUAAGUUAGGACUUUCCAAGAACAAGAGCAUCAUCUGUUACUAUAACACUUACCAGGUAAUUCAGUUCAACCGGUUGCCUUUGGUAGUAAGUUUUGUAGCAAGCAGCAAUGCAAACACAGGGCUGAUUCUCAGCUUAGAGAAGGAACUUGGGUCGCUGUUUGAGGAGCUGAGGCAGGUGGUGGAGAUUUCUUGAUCUGCACGUAUGUUCUAUAGUCACAGCACUUUUUCAAGGACUGUCAGCACAAAAGCAAUGUUUUUCUAUUUAAAGUGACAAAAUCUGAAGUUUUAUAAACACCAGAGAGAGUCUAUCUUCUUAACAAUACUACACAACUAUACACUUAUACAUGUACGGCUUUUGUUCUGUGAAAUGAGCUUGCUAACAACUGCAUGUUGUCUGUUCUACUUAUUAUAAGGACAACUAAGCAGAUGGUGUUUGGUGCAAAGCUGGAAGAUGAAGUGCGGAGAGAGAGACCUUUAGAAACAAUGUAACUUACCAAUAAAGUUGAUGCUUGUUUUUGAAAUGUGAAAUAUUGUUUUCUUUACUUCUUUAAUAAUUCUGGUAUCAGGUGAAUAAACUAUUUUUGGAGAUGUA